GUUCACACCAGAAAUGCGGCAACUGCUACUGCUUGCACUCCUUCUCCUCACGGCUGUGGAUGCUACCAACGUCUCGUCGGCUUGCCAAGUGUGCGCCUCCACGGGUCGGUGCCUCAACGCCGGUCCCAACGGCGAUGCCGGCAAGUACUGCGGCGUCCUUCUUGACAAGGCGGCACUGGCAUCCCAAGCUUGCUGCUGCUCGAUCGCGCAGAUUUGCCCGACGCCGAGCCAAGGCGCCGUGUGUGACUGCGCCGGCGUCAAGACGGCGCCCCCGGAGAAGGCCUCUUACGACUACACGUGGGUCACUAUCGUCGGGUCGGGUGUUGGUACAUUUCUCAUUUGUAAUCUUUGCGGCGUCUGCUUGGCCUGGAUUGGCACGGCCUACCAGUCGUACACAGAGCGCAAGGCUGCCAAGCGGCUCGAGCGAGCGAAGCGGCAGCGCGAGCUCGACGCGCAAGCCGCGCAGGAGCGGGCCGAGGCUGCGAUGCCACAAACCGUGAUUGUCUCCGAGAUCCCCGUGUCCACCGCCAUGUACGUAGCCCAAUCGACGCCUGUGUAUGCUGGCGUCUCGAAGUAA